AUGAACAUUAUCCACAGUCAGCUGGGCUUCGUCAAACAGCCACUGGACCACAAAGACUGGACUUCUAAGAGUUGGGUACAUCUUGUAUCCAAAGAAGCAGUUCCAUUCUUCACCUUCUUUGAACUGCUGCUUGCACCUUUCAGGGACAGCUCCAUUCCAAUAUCUGAUUCCUCUCUGGAAUUCACAAUUCACAAGCCGUGGACAUACCACGUGAAUAUUUUGCGAUGCGGUCUGAUCACACUGGCCUUUGGCCACUUAUACUCCAUGGUUACACAGGACUGUCCUAUUACUACACAAGCCUCUGGUUCUGGUCUGCCAUUGAUCAUUUGUCCCAUCAGAAGGCCCUCUUUGGAUGCCUGAUAUUUUCACAGACUCACAGGACUGUACCAAAGAUAACAGCUCUGGUUGUGAGGGGCCUCCAUGAGCUGGUAGGAAGACCAAAAAGAUCUCUGUGCUCGGCCUUAAGCCCCCUCACCUCCUUGAGGAAGUAUUGUGGUCUGCACCAAUUGGGUUAAGACCACUUUAAGAGCUCUGUCGUGUUCUCUUUCCACUUAUUGAUGACUCAGAGCACCACAACCAGAGCGCUGAGCCAUUGACAGAGUGCCAGAACCACAAGGGAGCCAUUAAAAUGGUUUUGGUGCAGCCCACAAUGCUUCCCCUCUGGGCCACCAAGAAAAGAUGAGCAGGAGGGGGAAACACACACUCAGCCACCACACACAAACACUUACAGAAACAGAACCCUGUGUUUUAGAUGGAGCCCCAGUCUGGCACACUGCCUAGGGCCCUGGGCAACCUUAACCCAGCUCUAGGGUAGUGCCAAUGUCUAAAUUCCAUCUGUCUUUUUAAGGUGGGUGUAGACCGGAUUAUCCAGAAAGCUAAUUGGCAAUAUUAUAUUGAUAUUAACCCUGCCUAACAUGUGACAGCUAUGUUAAUAUAUAUGGAGUGGAAGAAGAAGAGAUAUGAAUAUUUAAAUAGUUUUGGGCCGAGUGCUAUAGUUUCAUAUGAAACUGUUCUGGAUUAGAAGGGAAGUCUCUCUUUAAAAAAUGAUGACAUCGCCGCUUGGUGUGUGGUGGCUCAGGCUGGUUAGGGGGGUUGACAGAGCUGCUUAAAAAACAUUAUUCUUUUCAUGAUAACCCAGUCAGCAUUUAUCUGGGAGAAAAGGAGCUGUUAUAUGACAUGGCCACGUGACAACUAAUCACAGAAAUGAGAGUGUCAGUUCUCACUGUGAGAAUUGCAGCGAUUUGAAAAACGAAUUGCAAGAAAAAAUAAAAAAUGGGCUUAAAUAGCCUGUGUGUAAAUGUUCUCCAAUGCAGAUGUAGUCACAGCUCGGCUAUUGCGACCUAAAUCUUGCAAUACGUUUUUUUUUUUUUUUUAAGGUCACUAAAGAAUGGGUGAGGUGUGUGUUUGUACGGUGGUUAUUCUGUGAUGCACGUUAUUUUUUCUUAUUUGUUAAUUUGUGCUGGAAAAUUCACACAAUUAUUUUAAAAUGUAUCCAAUAUUUUUGAAAUGAGAGUAAUCCUAAUUUAGAACACAUUUAGAACAAAAAUUUUAAAUUUUAAACAUUUAACAUAAAAAGUUUAAAGAUACUAGGACUAUUAUUACUGUGGAGCUCUGUUAUACAUUCAGACACACCUACAAUAUGGAGCUACUAGCAAAGAGGGACAUUGGGAUAAAAAGGGGGAAUAAAAAACAUUUCAGCUGCCAUGUUGUCAACUAGUGAUGUCGCGAAUUUUUUGCGAAUGGUCCGCGAACGGUUCGCCGCGGUUCAUGGCGAACCGUUCGCGGCGGUCUCCAGUCUGCUGACACUUCCCGGCCAAUAUGCAGCAGACCCUCCCUCCCAGACCCUCCCACCUCCUGGACAGCAUCCAUAUUGAAGGAUAUGGAUGCUGUCCAGGAGGUGGGAGGGUCUGGGAGGGAGGGUCUGCUGCAUAUUGGCCGGGAUCUGUCAGCUGACUGGAGUCCGCCGCGAACCGUUUGCGAAAAAUUUGCAACAUCACUAUUGUCAACGGAGGAAUAUAUAGGAACAUGCCAUUGGUUUUUAUAGUAACAUCGUGAUUAUUCUACUUUCAGAACUUUGCUCCAUGUUUGCUGUUUAUACAUAACCCUCAUGUGUUCUCUCUGAGAAACAAGUUAUCUCGAAUAAUAAAACACAAUGCAGUGAGCAGAGAGAAUUGAGGACAGGCUGCUGAGAGAUAACAGAUCACGUCUGGGUAACUGAAUUCCCAGCUAUUGUUCAAUCACAACUGCUAUUUUUCUCCGCUAGCCAACAGUGACCAAUCAGACUAGGCCAUGUGUUCCUUGUACAGUUUUAAGACUACAGCUCCCACAAGCUCCAGCCAGCCUCCAGGGUUCGGAAUCGCAGUUCUCAAAGUGGAGAGAUGUUACUUAUCCUAGAUCUUUAGCACUGUGCAGGGGAAUGGAAAAUCUGCAAAGCGGUAUGACCUGUCUAGAUGAGUGAACUACUGCAGAAUUAAAAUGACAAAUACAUAUGUGACAGAAGUAAUGAUUUUUUUUCUGUCUGCAGAAAAGUGGUGGGUUUCAUUACCAUCCUAGAAGAUGGAUAGUAAAUAUAAGCUGAGCUAACACUUUGUCUUUCUCCCUCUUCUCCCCUCUCUUUUCCUCUUUUCCUUUCUCCCCAUCUAUCUCCUCUCGUUCUUACUUUCUCCAUAAUCUUUUGUUGUCUGCUUUCCCUCCCUUGUAAUCUCUUGCUUCUCGCUUCCCCUGUUCUAUCUUUUUCCCUCUUUCUCUUAUUUUUUUCAGGACUGGGUUUUUCUCACGAGAUUUUGCUUCUUGUCUGAUUAUGGACGUCUUGAAUUCAGAUUUAAAUACCCGGAGGUAAGAAUUGUACAAAUGUAAAAAAAUGUCAACAGGCUCCAUAAUCUGGCUGUGUAAGGCUGCUUUAUUAAAGGACCACUAUAGUGCAAGGAAAACAAACUCGUUUUCCUGGCACUAUAGGGUCAUUAGGUCCCCCCCCUCCUUAAUGGUGACCUCAGCUCCCAAGUGGAGGCAAAUGCGCAUGCGCGACCAGAGGCGCGAGUGCAUUCAAACCUGUGUGCUCAAUGUGAUUUUCAGGAAGACAGCCACUAGAGGCUGGGUUAACCCUGCAAUGUAAACACAGCAGUUUCUCUGAAACUGCUGUGUUUACAGUUGCAGGGUUAAAACCUGGGGGACCUAACACCCAGACCACUUCAUUGAGCUGAUGUGGUCUGGGUGACUAUAGUGGUCCUAUAACUUGGGUGCAACGUGCGUCUAUUUUACGCUGUGUUAUGGGACUGUCUGAUGACAGUAUAUACUAUAAAUGAAUCAUUAUUUUGCAGUAACAUAUUAGGGAGUUUUAUCUCUUGAACAUCUGGGAAUUCGGAGCAAUAUAGUUGUUACUUUGGCACAGUCUCUGUGAGCUGUUUCCUCUACAUGUUAUCUCAACUCUCUAUUACUGUUAAUUGACUCUCCCCUUCUCUUAUAAGUCUUUUAUAUUUGAAAACACAAAUUACUGUAAACUUGGCUUCCCGAGACUAGUUUAGUAUAAAGGUUACCCAGACACCCACACCUUUCAUACAAUAUGAAGGGUAGGGUGCAGUUCUUUAUGUACGGUUUUCUUUUCCGAAAUCCUCUGUUUUCCUUUUUUUUAACCCCUUAAGGACCAAACUUCUGGAAUAAAAAGGAAUCAUGACACAUGUCAUGUGUCCUUAAGGGGUUAAAAAUGGACACUAUAGUCACGAAAACAACUUUAGCUUAAUGAAGCAGUUUUUUUGUACAGAUCAUACCUCUGAAGUGUCACUGCUCAGUUCUCUGCCAUUUAGGAGUUAAAUCACUUUUGUUUGUUAAAUAACUGUCACUCACACAGCCUGCAUGAAAGCAAAAUUAUGUAAUUUUAAAUCAGAUGUUAACUUACUUUAAAGUUUGUAUCUCCUGCUCUGUAAAUUAAGCUUUAUUACAUACAAGAGAGGUUUAGCAAGCUAUUUGCAGUGCAGACUAUAAGAAAUAUUUAAUUAAAAAGAAUGUGCAGUAAAGGAAAUGUAAACAUUAGAUGACUCUUUACAGGAAGUGUUUAAAAGGCUGUGUAAAUCACAUGCAGGGAGGUGUAACUAGGGUUGUGUAAACAAAGUGAUUUAACUCCUAAAUGGCAGAGAAUUGAGCAGUGAGACUGUAUGAAUGAUUGAUCUAUACCAGUGGUCCCCAGCUCAGUACUCAUGGACCACCAACCACAUAAUUGCAAGAAAAAGACUGCAUACUAUGAAACAAAGGUACUUUGAGUAAAUUUUCCUUUUCUGCCAUUAUGUAAUAAGGAAACAUAAUAACUGCAUCUUAGACAGAGCAUGGCUAUAACUAUGUCGGCUAACAUGUAAGCGUUGAUGAAUGACUUGUUGCUAUAUCUUUCAAUCGCACUUUGGGUCCCUUCUGGCACAUUCUGAUGUGAUCUUUUUCAUACUCAGGCAAAAUGCUGUGAGAACAUCCUGCUUUACUUUGAUGACCCAUCUCAGUGGCCAGCCGUCUACAAGAAGGGGAGCAAGGUUUGUUGGAAUCAGUGUCUGUAUCUAACUGUCAAUCCUUCAUAAUGUACCUUGUUGUGUAAGUGCUUUUCAUUGACUUAAACUCUCCUCCUCAGGACUGUUUUAUGAAGGAAUCCGUGAUCCGUCCAGAAAACAAUCAGGUCAUUAACUUGACUACCCAGUAUGUUUGGUCUGGAUGUCAGGUGAGAAAGGAACUAAUUCUCUGAUACAGUAUUAAAGGUACACUAUAGGUAUAAAAACAAUGUUCACUUAAUAAAGCAGUUUUGGUUUAUAGAUCUCUGCAGUCUUGCAGCUUAAUUCUCUGACAUUUAUGAGUUAAAUUGAUUUUGUUUCUAUUUGUGCAGUCCUAGAUAAACCUCCUCUGGUUGUAAGUGACAGCCUGCACGAAACAAUGGUUUAAUUUUCAAUCAGAUGUUAACUUACUUUAGAAGGUUUUUUAAAUCUCCUGUUCUGUAAAUUGAACUUGACUCACACACAGGAGGCUCCUGCAGGGUCUACAAGGCUAUUAACAUAGCAGGAGAUAAGAAAUUCUAAAUUAAACACAGGCUGUGCAAUAAAGGAAGUGUAAACAUUAGAUGACUCUUUAGAAAGGCUGUGUAAGUCACAUGCAGGGAAGUGUGGCUAGGGCUGAAUAAAAAAGUGAUAUAACUCCUAAAUGGCAGAGAAUUGAGCAGUUAGACUGCAGGGGCAUGAUCUAUACACCCAAACUGCUUCAUUAAGCUAAAGUUCCUUUGCUAAUAUGAACCUUCCUCUGAAAACUGUGGUAUGUGACAUAUGAACCAUAAAUUCUUUGUUUUGUUGUGGUCACUUGCAAUUCUCUUCAUUCUUUGUUUCUUCCAUAUACAGGAGAUAAAAGAAGGAGAAACAAGUUAUCUGAGCUGCAAUAGUGGUAGAAGUUUCAGAUCCGUGCGGGAAAGAUGGUGGUACAUAGCCCUGAGCAAGUGUGGGGUGAGAAUGGGUUGCAAGAGGGAUUAAGCAGACAAUAAAUUGGGACAUAUAUCAUUUCAGCCCCUUAAAGAGAAAUGGUGUUUUCACGUUUGUACUGUUAGACACAUUUAAUUGAUUAUUGAUUAAAGAAUCUGUCUCUAAUAUAUUUGAUUAGAGAGAAGGGUGAUUUUUUUUUAGAUUUCUAUCUUUCUGAGACAGGGCUAUGUUAUUUACCAUAGUGAGAAUUUUAUGUGAAUUUCACAUUUAAAGGUUGUUAAGGUACUUUAGCAACUUCAUUUUAUUGACAUGGUCAUAGUGCCUACAGUCUUGCCCCCCUCAUUAAUUAGAGGGCUUGGAAGCAUAGGCGUGCUACCGAAGGAGGAAUAAGUGAGUAAUUAUUUUUAUUUGUAGUGCUUUUUUUCUUUAACACGGGGAGGAGGGGGCGAUAUAUAUGAUUAGGGGCAUCAGGGCUGUAGUGUUAGGAAUACAGAUAUCUAUUCCUAAGACUAUAGUGUUUAUGUAAGGCCAAAACCUCCAAAGUUAAAGACUUUUUCCAGUUCAGCUAUUUUAGCCUUAAAUUUCACUUUGAAUUCAUGUUAAACUCUCACUUUAGUAAAUAACCCUGACAGGACUGGUGGACUAAAGUCAUCAUUGCUGGUGUCACUAGGGAUUCUUUUUAGACCUUAUCAAGUGAUGCAUGGCUAUAGGCUAACUAAGCUGCUAGUCAAUUUGAUUACAUACAUAACCUCCCUGGAGGAAACAGCAGUCCUGCCAACUCUGUAAGUUCUGAAAGUGGAGAGUGUGGUAAGGAUGGCACGUUGGCGUGUCUUUGAUUCAAUUUGCGUCACAGACGCUGUGCCCAGCUGAAAACAAGGCAUGCAUAUACUCCAGGAUAACCGGCUGUCCAUAUAACGAGUGCUGCUAACACUAUGCAUUUUACUACAGUCCCCCUGACACUGGGUGACAGAGCUAGUGUGUCAGAUGUUUGGAAAAUAGUGUGUUAUAGGUGGUCUACCACUCGGGUAUAUAAAUGUCUUUGGCUUCCAGGAUGGCCUGUCUUUUUGUGUCUUUGCCUUGUAUUUCAGUAGAUUGAUACAUUUUAUUACAGAUAUAAAGUGCCAGGGCUUUUUUUGUUUGUUUUGCAAUGCAUGAGUUAGCACUCGUAUUAUUCAUAAUAUUGGGUUUUAGUGUAUUAACACUGUAAUUUGAUAUAAUGCUUAUUAUUGCUUUAGUGUCAAAUUCUGUCUGGCUUCUGGUUCUGAUUCUGUCUCUAUCUGCAGGGGGACGGGCUGCAGCUAGAAUACGAAAUGACUCUAACCAACGGAAAGUCCUUCUGGACACGUCACUUUUCUGCAGAUGAAUUUGGUUAGUAUUUGUAUUAUCUCAUUGUCUCGGGUUAUAUUCCUAGCAGUGUCAGCUGAGCUCUAUAAAAUGAGCAUCAGUGAGUUGGUCAGUAAUAACAUCUAGACCCCAGGAUAUACUUAAAAACUCCAGAAAGCUGAAGGAUUCUUUCCUGAUGCUAUUAAAAUUAGUAUAGUUAUUAUCUCGGUGGACUGUGUGGGUACUUGUGGGCGCGUUAUUGCUGGAUUCCAACCCUUGCUGGGACUUAGCAAUUGCAAAUAUUAAGCGUGAUUUGACCUGAUUGGGAUGAUAAUGUCUUGCUUGUAUUUGAAGCAGUAUAAUAUUCACUUUAAACUGAUCCUGUAAUUGGGUGGCUUAAUGCAUCAUCACAAUUUAAGGGUAAAGUCGCUGAAGUGGAAGCAAAUUUUUCCAGUUUUCCUACUUUAGUCUUAAGUUUCAAUUCACUAUUAAAUUAGCCAUACAAAUGGGGAGAGUAGGGCUAGUAAUUUGGCUAUUUAGGCCUAACCUUUGAAAUUCACCAAUUUAAUAUACAGGAUUAUUGACUAAAGUCUGAAUAUUAGUGAAUUAAAUCCUAACGACAAAAUGUAAUAGAUAAAAAAAGAUAUGUAUUAAAUCCAUAUUCAGAUUAGUGAGCUUGUGUUUCAAUUUCUAGAGAUGUUAAAGGGACAUUAUAAGCACCCAGACCACUUCAGCUCAUUGAAGUGGUCUGGGUGCAGUGUCCCUGCAAUGUAAAAUGUUGCAGUUUUUGAGAAACUACAAUGUUUAUAUUGAAGCACAAAUACAGCCUCUAGUGGCUGUCUACCAGACAGCCUCUAAAAGCUCUUCCGUGAGUUUACCAGAGUCUGACACCCUUAAACAACGCUGGACAUCCUCGCGCUCUCACGACACCCAGCAUCCGUGAACUCCUUAUAGGAAAGCAUUGAGGUAAUGUUUUCCUAUGGGGUAGGCCUAAUGAGCUCGCCGUGCAUGCAGAUUUAGCCAGAGCAGUGACCCAGCGACGAGGGACAUUGACGCUGGAAUCAGGUGAGUAAAUAAAGGAUUUUUAACCCUUUAUGUGUCGGGGGCGACGAGGGAAGGGGGGUUAGAAUGUUGGAAAAAUAAAGAUCCCCUGAUUUUCGGGGGUCCUGAAUACUCCCCUCUUUGUUCUCAAGUCUGUGUCUAUAGGCAGAUUAUACAGCAAACAGACCCUUUAAUACCUUUCAGUUUGCAAAACUCACAUUUUGAUUAUAAUUGUCUUUCAUAAGUAGCUAAUGGUUUUUUAAGUCAGUUUGAAUAUCCCACCCUGAUUAGUCUGGUGGGGUGCAAAUUCAGCGCUCAGUAUAUAGCCAUCUACAAUUUCAUCAGUUAUUAUGAAUGACCUGAGGAUACUUGAAAAAUAGGUCACUUUGGAGUCACUGUAUCUUACUGUGCAAUUCAUUUUAUAUUCUGCUUUUGAGUUCUGCUCUUUAUGAGAUGUAGUUGCACUUCCACGUAGUCUAUCAAAAAAUAUUUUAAAAUGACAAGUUUAAGUGAAUCUGCCAUAUUUGAAUUAAUUACAUUAAAAAUACAUUGACUUUUUGCUACAUUGUGUAUUUUAUUUUAGAAACUGUUACAUUUACUUGCAGCAAAAAUAUGGAAAUUAUUUCCAAUCCUAUGUUUUCUCAAAACUCACUCAAUAAAACUUACAAUCAAUAAAACAAACAAAAAAAGCAAUAAAUAAAAAUUAUUAAGAACAGGAAGUCAAGUAACAUUCUCAAUAUGCUAUUGGGGAGUUAAAAUUACACUCCAGCCCCUAAAACACUUUACAAAAAGUUCAGAUUUGAAAAGAAAUUGGUACUUUUAUAAAUUAACCUUGUUGCACUCUCUGGCUGUCAAUCAGACAACUGGUCCUGUUACUUCCUGGUUUGGUUAGGUUAUUUGCACUGUACUCAAGAGGCAGCAGUUGCCCAGAGAACCUGCCGUGCAACACUUCUCAUUGAGCUGCAUUGGGAAGUCUGUGAUUGGACAGCCACAGAAAGUAUAGGCGGGGUUAGAAGGGGAGGGCUUGCAAAGGCUACAAACAUGAAAUCUAUGGCUUUUGAAAGCAGUUUUUAGAUAUAACUCCAAUGAAAAAAUGCUAAAUUAAAGGCAUGCGUGUUUUUAUUCGAGGUAUAUCUACUAAAAAAACAGUAGUUUUAAUUUUUUUAUUUUAUUUUAUUGGGGCAGUAGAGUCCACGUAGAGCCCUUGAAGCCCAUGAGCCCAUGAUUUUGAACAUGCCAGAUGCUUUCUUUAGAUAACACAACUGGGAUUACUAUUAUUUUGCAUCUUCAGUGAGGACAAGUGAUUCAGAGAUAAGAAGUGAAGUGUUGGUAGUUGCCCUUUAACACCAUUGUUUGGUAUUUUACAUUCAGCAUGGUGUGUUUUUUUUUUUUUAUGCAGGAAUCCUUGAAACAGAUAUAACCUUUCUCCUGAUCUUCACCCUGAUCCUGCUCGUAUCGACUUAUUUUGGAUGUGAGUAUCCACCACAUUUGCAAUUAUUGUUGAGUGUUAAGUGUGCCUUACCCUCUCUGUCUGGGUUCCCUAAACCGUGGAAUUUGCCUUAAGAGUUUGCUAACUGUUAUUACUGGGAACGUCUCGUAGGUCUGUCAGAUUUGGGAAAUAUUGAAUCCCCACUGAUUGGACUGUGACAUUCUGAAAUUUUGGUUAAUGAACUUUCAACUUAACUGAGCAACUUCACAGGUACCAGCAUAGGCUGCAAGGUUUAGGGGUUUCCUGGAAUUGAACUCCAUUUGACUUUAGUUGAGAGACCACAUAAUAUGGUAAUAGUGUUUUAUAUGGCUAUUACUCAAACUAGGGAUUGAGUGAAAUAAUUUCUCCAGAGCAAAUAUAGAUUAUCAGAUGCCUUUUGAGCCAAUUGCCGAUAAUAGGUGUCGAUAUUCUGUAAAUUUGAAGUUUUGACAAAGCAACACAAUUUCUAUACAAAUCUGGCAUUGACUGAACAUGCUGCCAGCAACCACACUCCUAUUACUCUCAGGCAGCUAGUACAUGCUGGAAUCAUUGAGAUUGUACAGUGCUCUUACUGAUAGGAGUGUGAUUGAUGACAGCAGUCACACUCCUAUCACUCUGUCAGCCAGCCCAGAACAUUACAAUAGAUUAUUCACCUUCCUGACGUCAGCUGAGCUCCUCAUUCAGGAACUCACUGGGAGGGAUGACGUGGGGUCGCGACGUGGAACCUCAUUGGUUGGUGGUUGGAGUUUCUGGAUGCGGAAGACAGCGUGCAGUGACUGGGAGAAGUUAGUGAUUUAUUGGUGAUAUUGGUAAAUUACAGUACCAAUACCGAUUAUCAGAAAUGUGCCGAAUAUUGACUCUAAAAAUAAUUGGAACCGAUAAUUGGUCUAUCCCUACUCUGCGCCUAAUUUAUUGGAUUUGGGUAUACAGUGUACAGAACAGUGAAUAUUAAUGUACAAGUGCAUUCUACAUGGUGUGUGGGUUACAGCCUGUGUAUUCUGUAUGCUACAUUGGUUACAGCCUGUGUAUUCUGUUUGUUACAGCCUGUGUAUUCUGUAUGUAGUGUGGGUUACAGCCUGUGUAUUCUGUAUGCUGUGUGGGUUACAGCCUGUGUAUUCUGUUUGUUACAGCCUGUGUAUUCUGUAUGCUACAUGGGUUACAGCCUGUGUAUUCUGUUUGUUACAGCCUGUGUAUUCUGUAUGCUGUUUGGGUUACAGCCUGUGUAUUCUGUUUGUUACAGCCUGUGUAUUCUGUAUGCUGUUUGGGUUACAGCCUGUGUAUUCUGUUUGUUACAGCCUGUGUAUUCUAUAUGCUGUGUGGGUUACAGCCUGUGUAUUCUGUUUGUUACAGCCUGUGUAUUCUGUAUGCUGUGUGGGUUACAACCUGUGUAUUCUGUUUGUUUACAGCCUGUGUAUUCUAUAUGCUGUGUGGGUUACAGCCUGUGUAUUCUGUUUGUUACAGCCUGUGUAUUCUGUAUGCUGUUUGGGUUACAGCCUGUGUAUUCUGUAUGCUGUGUGGGUUACAGCCUGUGUAUUCUGUUUGUUACAGCCUGUGUAUUCUAUAUGCUGUGUGAGUUACAGCCUGUGUAUUCUGUUUGUUACAGCCUGUGUAUUCUGUAUGCUACAUGGGUUACAGCCUGUGUAUUCUGUAUGCUGUUUGGGUUACAGCCUGUGUAUUCUGUUUGUUACAGCCUGUGUAUUCUGUAUGCUGUUUGGGUUACAGCCUGUGUAUUCUGUUUGUUACAGCCUGUGUAUUCUGUAUGCUGUUUGGGUUACAGCCUGUGUAUUCUGUUUGUUUACAGCCUGUGUAUUCUAUAUGCUGUGUGGGUUACAGCCUGUGUAUUCUGUUUGUUACAGACUGUGUAUUCUUUAUUCUUACAUGGGUUAAAGUCCAUGUAUUCUGUUCCCUUUUAUCUCUCCAGAUAUAUUAAGGGGACGGCAGCUUCUUCACACCACGUAUAAAAUGUUCAUGGCUGCAGCCGCAGUGGAGGGUGAGUGUCACAGUACUCUAUGAGCUCCAUAAUAUUGUUAUAAGCACUAUGGGAGAUAUUUGUCAUAGUGUGAUGGAGAGUGAUUUAUUAUUAUCAUAUUUAUUAGUGAUGUAAAAAGUGACGGUUUUCAUCUCGUAGUAUAUUCUGUAAGAUUUCACAGAGAUGUAAACUUCAGAAGACUGAUAGAUCUAUAGUGGCAGAAAUAUUCCACCACUUUUCUGUUGGAAAUAUUGAUAACUCUGUUGCGUUGGUGAAGAAAUGGUGCAAAUUUAAAAAUAACGAUUAGGGCGCAAAAAUAGAGCAACUGAAGAAAAAAUUGACAGAAUUUCAGAAAUUGCGGCAAAAUAUCACCGGAAUUUUAUUUGCAAAAAAUUUUAAGGGAAAGUGUCAGUGACACUGUGAUAAAUCUCCCAUCGUAUUCUGCAGCGACAUACAAUAAUCAGACACAGCAGAAUACAUGCCUGUGUCUGGGUGAUGCCGUCGUACAGAGGACAUACUGGCUCACCCUGUUUUAGCUCUCAUUUUCCAGUCUUGCAUGAGCUCCAUCUGUUCUCGCUGUCGCCCUCUAUUGUUCAUGAUCUCUUCCAGCACGUAACAGCCUCUGAUAUUUCCAGUUCUCAGCUUGCUGUUUUUCUGCCUAUACUGGGGGCAAUAUGCACAGGAUGGAGUGGGCAACCCCAGCAUCAAGGUACUAGGUCAGUAUGCAAAAUGUUAUUGUGUAUAUACAGAAUACAACACUGACUGUGUUCAAUGGUUUGUGAUGACUUACUGUUUGCCCUGUGCUUUGUGGUGUCCCAGUCUGACUGUGUGAUCAGUGGUUUGCAGUUUCCGACUGUGUACUCAGUACUGUGUAGUUUUUAGUGUGGUGUUUGUGUAAUCAGAGAACUUUUAUGCCCUACUGUGUACUCAGCACUGUAUGAUGUCUGACUCAGCACUGUGUGAUUUCUGACCGUUUACUCAGCACUGUGUGAUGUCUGACCGUUUACUCAGCACUGUGUGAUGCCUGACCGUGUACUCAGUACUGUGUGAUGUCUGACCGUUUACUCAGCGCUGUGUGAUGCCUGACUGUGUACUCAGCACUAUGUGAUGUCUGACCGUUUACUCAGCACUGUGUGAUGUCUGACCGUGUACUCAGCACUGUGUGAUGCCUGACUGUGUACUCAGCACUGUGUGAUGUCUGACUGUGUACUCCACACUGUGUGAUGUCUGACCGUUUCCUCAGCACUGUGUGAUUUCUGACCAUGUACUCAGCACUGUGUGAUGUCUGACCAUAUACUUAGCACUGUGUGAUGAUUGACUGUAUUCUCAGCACUGUGUGAUGUCUGACCGUGCACUCAUUGCUGUGUGAUGUGUGACCGUGUACUCAGCGCUGUGUGAUGUCUGACUGAGUUCUUAGUGCUGUGUGAUAUCUGAUUGUGUACUCAUUGCUGUGUAAUGUCUGACUGUGCUCUUAGCACUGUGUGAUGUCUGACCUUGUACUCAGCGCUGUGUGAUGUCUGAAUGAGUACUUAGUGCUGUGUGAUAUCUGAUUGUGUACUCAUUGCUGUGUAAUGUCUGACUGUGCUCUUAGCACUGUGUGAUGUGUGACCGUGUACUCAGCGCUGUGUGAUGUCUGACUGAGUACUUAGUGCUGUGUGAUAUCUAAUUGUGUACUCAUUGCUGUGUAAUGUCUGACUGUGCUCUUAGCACUGUGUGAUGUCUGACCGUGUACUCAGCGCUGUGUGAUGUCUGACCGUGUGCUCAGCACUGUGUGAUGUCUGACCUUGUACUCAGCGCUGUGUGAUGUCUGACGGAGUAUUCAGCACUGUGUGAUGUCUGACCGUGUACUCAUUGCUGUGUGAUGUCUGACUGUGUACUCAGCACUGUGUAAUGCCUGAGCGUGUAUUCAGCGCUGUGCAAUGUCUGACUGAGUACUCAGCUCUGUGUGAUGUCUGACCGUGUUCUUAUUGCUAUGCAGUAUCUUCCAAUGUUCUCAGCACUUUUCUCUCUUGCAGCUAAACUCCUGUUCUCUGCCAGUUUCCUGAUCUUUCUGCUGAUGUUGAUCCUGUUGGGAAAAGGGUUUACGGUUACCAGGUAAAACAGGGACACUAAUCUAAAACCAUGCUAAACUAUGGCAAAACGUGCCACACAUCAUCAUUCUAUCUGCACUGCAUGCACUCUGUCAACACAGGUUACGCUGUGCUGCUCCGACAAAUGGUGGUCUGGGUGCCAGGUCCAGCUAGGUUUAACCCUUUUUUCUAUAAACAUAGCAGUUUCAGAGAAACUGCUAUGUUUAUAAAUGGGUUAAUCCAGCCUCUAGUGGCUGUCUCAUUGACAGCCGCUAAAGGCGCUUCCGCGUUUCUCACUGUGAUUUUCACAGUGAGAAGACGCCAGCGUCCAUAGGAAAGCAUUGAGAAUGCUUUCCUAUGGACUGGCUGAAUGCGAGCGCGGCUCCUGCCGCGCAUGUGCAUUCAGCCGAUGACGUCACUGUGGAGGAGGAGAGUCCCCCGCCCGGCGCUGGAGAAAGAGGUAAGUUUAACCACUUCCUCCCCCUAGAGACCGGCGGGAGGGGGACCCUGAGGGUGGGGGCACCCUCAGGUCACUGUAGUGCCAGGAAAACGAGUAUGUCUUCCUGGCACUAUAGUGGUCCUUUAACAGGGCUGGCUAUUUGUGUACAGUGGCAUGAGAUCAGUAAUGUAACUGAUCAAUUCUAAAUAUCAGCAUGCAAUCAGUAAUGUAACUAAUCAAUUCCCAAUAUCAGCAUGCAACCCGUAAUGUAACCGAUCAAUUCCCAAUAUCAGCAUGCAAUCAGUAAUGUAACUCAAUUCCCAAUAUCAGCAUGCAAUCAAUGAUCCCAAUAUCAAUGCCCGUGUCCCAUAAUGUAAUGUAAUCAAUUCAAUAAUCAAUUCCCAAUAUCAUGCAUGCAAUCAGUAAUGUAACUAAUCAAUUCCCAAUAUCAGCAUGCAAUCAGUAAUGUAACUGAUCAAUUCCCAAUAUCAGCAUGCAAUCAGUAAUGUAACUGAUCAAUUCCCAAUAUCAGCAUGCAAUCAGUAGUGUAACUGAUCAAAUUCCAAUAUCAGUAUGCAAUCCAUAAUGUAACUGAUCAAUUACCAAUAUCCGCGUGCAAUACGUAAUGUAACUGAUCAAUUACCAAUAUGUAAUGUAACUGAUCAAUUACCAAUAUCAGAAUGCAAUCCGUUAUGUAACUGAUCAGUUACCAAUACGUAGUGUAACUGAUCAGUUACCCAUAUCCGCGUGCAAUACAUAAUGUAACUGAUCAAUUACCAAUAUCCGCGUGCAAUACGUAAUGUAACUGAUCAAUUACCAAUACGUAAUGUAACUGAUCAAUUACCAAUAUCAGCAUGCAAUCCGUAAUGUAACUAGGUAAAGCACAAUAGUGACAUAAGAACAGGAAUUAUCUGCUUUAAUGCCGAUAGUCCCAGGAGAUCAGAAAUGUAACCGCUUUUUUUGCUGCUAAUGACAUGACAUCCCUAUUACAUAUACAAUUAGGAUCUUGGAAUUAGAAGUUACACUGCAUCUAUAUGAACGCAUGUAGUGACCUCUAAUGGAGAGUAUGUGUAACUACACCAUGUAUUGAUCUUUGCAAGGAUAUAAACGUAUCUUUGUCCUUAAGCUGAUAUUGCUAAAUUGGUUUGCUAAGAGCAAGAAUGUUAACUUUAUCGCAAUGCAUGCAUCCACUUCAAUCAAUGCCUAUGUGUUGUUAUUACUCUUGUCAGAACUACCAGGUACAUAUCACCUAUACAUGCUGAUGGAUAGGACAUGUAAAGUGUUUAAUUUUAGUAUGCAGCAUUCAUGUUCUGCAGGAAUGGAUAUAAAUCCAUUAAAUAAAAAUGACUCUCAAAGUAAUUGCUUUGAUUUGUUCAUUGAAUUCCCCUCUAGUGGUUUAUGAAUGCUACACAGAAAUUAUAGAGUGCAGCUAGUUUGACAACCCCCAGAAAGCAGACUAGACUUUCAUUCAGCAAGAUUGCAUGAUGAACUAUUUUUAGAGUGUUUAACUCUGCAUUAGGCCUGGCCCAAGAGCUUUCUCAUAUUUGGACUGAUGAGUUCUUGGUUGACCAUUAUUGAAGAGCUGUCAAGGGUCUGGUUUAAUGUGACCUGUCCAGUGGGCACACUGAGUGGGCCUGGCCAUCUUUACUAUACUGCCUGCUGCUCUGUAUGGGGAGUUUUUAUCAAAGUGCCACCGGCACAUUUAUGUUUCAUUUUUAGACCAAUUUGUGACAAAACAUGCCUGAUUUCUUUUUUGAUCUAUGACUUUUUUGUGCCAUAGCCAUAAUUCUUUUUAAUAUAUGACAUUUUUUGGUGAUGCAACAAAUGUAUUCAUUUUUCCCAACAGGAAAGUGGCCGAUUUUUCCAGUCACUGUUAGUUUAGCAGUCUUCUUCCAAUUUGUAUGAAAACGCUCAGAAUUUACCAUAAAGAAAACCAUCACUUUUUAGAUCUCUAAUAAAUACGAUCAAAAUUAAGACAGACUUUAAGCUUCAUUUUUCAGAACACUUUGAUAAAUAUUCUCAUAUCACUUUAACUGCAUGAAGUUACCCAUCAGCCACACUAGUCACGUGACAGCGUCACAGUAUAUAAAUAGAGAUUUUUAAUUUCUUUGUACUGAAUCAAUAUCUCUUUUUACAGGGGUCGCAUUAGUCACCUGGGAUCCAUUAAGCUGUCAGUGUAUAUGACGUUGUACACGGUAACACACACCGUGCUGUUUAUAAAUGAGGCACAGGUGAGAAACAGUCUAGUCACAUGUGACAUGCUACCUGAAUGUUGAAACGUGUCCCAUCCAUGUGUGUGCUCCAACCAGCUCAACUACACGUUUCUCUCCCUCCCUUUACAGUUCUUUGACCCAGCUCAGGUUCUGUACACCUACGAAUCACCGGCAGGUUACGGGAACAUCGCCUUGCAGUUCUUGGCAUAUAUCUGGUUUUGUUAUGCCGUGUUAGUGACGCUAAAACACUUUCCCGAGAAGCAGGCAUUCUAUGUGCCAUUUUUUGCUGCUUAUACACUCUGGUGAGUAUAAGAGGGCAGCAGAUUAGUGAAGAGAGGGAGAGCUGUAACAAGGGCUUAUGAAGUAGUUAAACGACCAUAGUUUCUAUUUAUUAAGCUGCAUCUAUUAGUUGUUUAACCCCUUAAGGACACAUGACAUGUGUGACAUGUCAUGAUUCCCUUUUAUUCCAGAAGUUUGGUCCUUAAGGGGUUAAUCAGGUGUCGUUCUGGUCUGGUAGAGGUAGUCUGUGCUGCUGCUGAAAGUCUUGAUUUUGGCUAAGAUUUUGUAUGUGCAGGUUCUUUGCAGUUCCAGUUAUGGCGCUGAUAGCUAAUUUUGGAAUUCCCAAAUGGGCCCGUGAGAAGAUUGUGAAUGGGAUCCAACUUGGAAUUCACCUCUACGCACAUAUUGUCUUCCUGGUGAGUAUGAGCCACGUGCUAAAAAAGAGAAAUAGUCCAGUUUCUUUUAAUCGAAAAAUUAUUAGAGUACAUUGAUAUUUUUUUCCCCCCUGGAAUCAAUGUUUCUUAAGUUUUAAAUUGAACAUUCCAACACAUUUUCUUGCCUUUUUACCAUACUAUAACCUCACUUGUAGUGAAACCACAAGAAUUUAAAGCAAUGCCAUUUCUGUUAAAGACGCAAACUGACAUCUUUUUCCAAAUUCACAGUUUUUGCGUAAAUGUUAUACUAUGAGCUCUGCUUGAUUAAAAUGAGCUAUGCAAGCACCAUAGUGGUUAUCAUUACAGGUGGGUCUUGAGACCCCCAGGGUAAGUAGUCAAACUAUUUGCUAAUUAUUUGACAACUACCCGGGCACUAGCUGCUCACGAUCACUUCAUUCUUUGAGAGCUGAAACCUCCUUAUUUGAGCUUCCUAAACCUCUGAUUGCUCUCAGCCAAUGAGCUAAGCCCUGCACCACUAGGCUUUACUCAGAGUUGCCAGCGGACCCCAGGUAAGUUGUCAAACUGUUAGCAAACGGUUUAUAUACUUUCUUUGGAGGUGUUCUGUGCAAACCAUGGCACUCCUGGCACCAUAACCACUACAAUGUGCUGUAGUAGUUAUGGUACUUAUGCUGAUCAACCACAAGAUUAAAACCACUUUUAGGUGAAGUGAAUAACAUUGAUUAUAUCGUUACAACGGCACCUGUCAAGGGGUGGGAUAUAGUAGGCAGCGAGUGAACUGUCAAUUCUUGAAUAUAAUGUGUUGGAAGCAGAAAAAAUGGACAAGGCAACAAUUCUGAGUGUUGCAAGGAAGUACAACCGGUGAACAUGCGUCUGGGUUAUGAGUCCGAUCACACUGAAGAGCUACUAUAGCUCCAAUAGCUGAAAUACAUAAUUCUGGCCAUGAUAGAAAGGUGUCAGAACACACAGUGCAGACGUCUUGUGGAGUUCAUGCCUUAACACAUCAGAGCUGCUUUGGCAGCAUGAGGGGGAUUUACACAAUAUUAGGCAGGUGGCUUUAAUGUUAUGGCUGGUUAGUGUAAUGUCUUCUUUUAAACUCUAGCACUUUAACAAUAUCAAUAAGCUUUAACUGUUGUGAGGUUGAGAGCAAAUAAAAUCCUAGCUUACGGUGUUGAAUAACUUUAGCUUAUCACUGCUUCGAGCAGACAGUGCACCUCGGAAAAAGAAUGGGUUAAAAAGUCUUCUUUUACCUAGAAUAUUGCUGCAAAGUCAGCUCUAAGCCUUGACGUGCGAAUAGAAUACAUUAUGUCUAACAACAUCUGCUGUCAGCUGGCAAAUGACCCUGGCUUCGUGCUCAUCGUCUGA